GCCCACCAUCACAAAAAACGAAAGUGAUAUCUGGAUGAGGUUGGUGACCUACUGGAAUAUUCAGGGCCAAUACAUGAUGACCUGUGGAUGGGUUGAGCAUAACUAUAUCAUUACAACUUGCGCAAGGGUUGAACGAGUAAUUUCGGUGGAAACAAGAGGACCGGACUUUUUUUUCUCUCAGACUGGUCGGACACGAUUAUGGGAUCAUUCAGCAGAAAGGUUGCCCUAAUUACAGGUGCCAGUUCGGGGAUAGGGGCUGAGACGGCCGUUCAGCUAGCUUCACUGAGUUGCCAGCUUUCCCUGACCGGACGCAGCGCAGAGAAGCUGCAGAAAGUGAAACAACAGUGCGUCGAACGUGGCCUUGCAGAGGACUUGGUCCUGCUGUUGCCAGGCGACCUUACAGAAGAUUCCUUCCUGGAAAAGAUAGUAGAAAAAUCAUUGGAGCACUUUGGAUCUCUCGAUAUUUUGAUAAACUGUGCUGGUCAGCCGCAUUUAGGAACCUUGGAAACAUCCACCAUGGAUAAAUUUGAUGAGAUUUUCAGUGUUAACUUGAGGGCACCGUUCAUCUUAACACACCUUGCCCUCCCACACCUAAUACGAUCCAAAGGUGUUGUUGUCAAUGUUUCCAGCUGUGUUAGUAUCACUGCCCAUCCGAGCAGCCUGGUCUAUAGUAUGUCAAAGGCAGGAAUGGACGGCCUUACGUACACCACAUCUGAAGAAUACGCUGAACAGGGGGUGCGCGUCAAUUCUGUGAAUCCUGGUGCUACUAUGACGGCACUUUUCGACCGAAAUGGAGCUGAAAUUGACAAGGUGAUUGAGUUGAGUAAGAAGCGCCAUCCACUGGGUCGGCCUGGCAAGGCUUCGGAGGUUGCCAAGGCAAUUGUAUUCCUUGCCUCGGAUUCAGCUGCCAUGGUAAGCGGCUGCUGCUUGGGUGUCGACGGAGGGCGCUCUGUACGUCCCGGCGCGCCACUCGUGCCGACGGAGAACGAUCCGGGCGUGAAGUUUCCGGUGUGAAAUAAAAACAACAUUGGAUAAUGAUGACGACUUCAGACAGCCCUGUUGUUCACGGCAGUUCAUAUGUAUGAGAUAUCAUUCCUUCUAAGGUGCCCCCCUUGCCUUUAUUUUUCUCUAACGGCUUCUUAGUUACCUCGCAAGUCACCUGGGCUCCAAUAUCCUUGGAGCGUACUUGUUCUGUUGUUGAAAACGCGGGGAAAAGGGAAAAGCGAAAACUGACGUGCUUAUUGAAAUCUUUGCUGUACUUCAGCACCGAGUUUUAUGUGUGGUCCCCAGGAGGUAUCUCCCCAUUGUUGCAGAUGUGCAGUGUAAGUGUUCGCAGAAGCUUGAAACUGCACGUCUCGUCAUUCUGUUAAUUCCUAGUGCCAUAAAUUCCAGUGCUAGAAACCAGUACAUUAUGACAUACGUGUAAAUGAAACUACAGGCUGGGGAAAGUCCCUUCAGGAUUUUCUAAGAGGGACGAACACAGUGAUAACUACUUUAUGACGUCACAUGCCAUUACAUCAUCCACAGAGCAAGGACACAUACAUCAUAUGACUGUAUUUUAUUACAAAAUCUCUAAAAUAAAAUCUCAAAUUUACGGAAAUAAAUUUUGAUGCUUAGAGUCGAUUGAAAUCGUGGUCUUUACAACAGUAUUCUAAGGAAGAUUCGCGAUUUCUUUACGCACAAAAAGUACCAAAAUUCAAUCGUUCUAUCUCGUGAACUAAGGACAGCAUUGUAGCAUUUCAACAGCAGCAAGUGUUUGGCAGUUAUAUUAAUGAAUAAUAAAGCAGCAGCAUAUGCGUUUUCAAAUGAACUCCAUUUUCUAUCUACAAGAAUAAAAUAUCAAAUCAGUGCUGUGAAAUAUGUGAUUGCCG